UCUCGACUGACAAGCGCAAUUUGGCGGUCUGACACCGCUGCAUUCUCGUUUCCGAUUCAGUUGGCUGGUUGAGCUUUUGGCUGCUGCGAUGGCUUCCAAUCUGGCAUUGGCGGUGCUGCUCCUGGUCGCGAGCUGCGCGUUGGCGGCGUCCGCGGCGAAGUACACCGUCGGCGACACCUCCGGCUGGACCACCGGGGCGGACUACACCACCUGGGCCAGCGACAAGAAGUUCAAAGUCGGCGACUCCCUCGUGUUCAACUUCGCCGGAGGGGCGCACACGGUGGACGAGGUGAGCGCGGCGGACUACGCGUCCUGCUCCUCCGCCAACGCGCUCAGCAGCGACGGCAGCGGCGCGAGCACCGUCGCGCUCAAGACCGCGGGGAAGCACUACUUCAUCUGCGGCGUCGCCGGACACUGCAGCAGCGGCAUGAAGCUCGUCGUCACCGUCGCCGCUGCCACCGCCGCGUCGCCGCCGCCCAAGGCCUCCCCUACCCCGACCCCGGACAGCCCUGACACCACGCCGGACACCACGCCGACGUCCCCGUCGACCAGCACCGGCGGUUCCACGACCAAGACCCCGGCCACCGUGCUCGCGCCCCCGACCAAGCAGUCAGAGUCGGGCGCCACCGGGCUCAGGGCCACGGCGUUGGCUGGCCUGGGCGUCGCCGGGCUUGUGGCCGCGGCACUCUUCUAGGGCCCAGGCCAGGGUGGAGGCAGUGCUUGUAUGUUAGCAGGUUACAUAUCAUUUCGAUCAACUCAUCGUGUCGAUCGUUGCUGAGGAGCGAAGGUUUCUUUUGAGAGA